GUGACCAUCGACGUCACGCUUUCGUAUGCUUUUGGAUUCGGGCAGAAGAAGAUGGCGGCCUCCUCAGGAGUUAAAGUCCCUCGCAAUUUUCGUUUGUUGGAAGAGCUUGAGGAAGGACAGAAGGGUGUCGGUGAUGGGACAGUGAGCUGGGGUCUGGAGGAUGAUGAGGAUAUGACUCUCACGCGGUGGACGGGCAUGAUCAUCGGACCUGCACGAACUAAUUACGAAAACAGGAUAUACAGCCUGAAAGUGGAGUGUGGACCUAAAUAUCCCGAAUUACCACCGAAUAUUAGAUUUGUUACAAAAAUUAGCAUGAAUGGAAUAAAUAAUUCCAAUGGGAUGGUGGAUGCACGUAGCAUACCAAUUCUAGCAAAAUGGCAAAACUCAUAUAGCAUUAAAGUCGUUCUUCAAGAGCUAAGGCGUCUUAUGAUGUCCAAAGAGAAUAUGAAGCUUCCUCAACCACCGGAAGGACAGACGUACAGCAAUUAAUUGUAAAUGAUUGUUAUGACCCUCUGUCUUAAACCUUACUCUCUUAGAAAUGUCUUGUAAAUCAUCAGAAAAAGAAAAAAAACAAAACUAUUGCUCACUCCACACUCAGUCUCCGCUGCAGGAGCACAAUUGGACAUUUCUAAUAGUCGAGCUUGAGAAGCAAAGAAAGGAAAAUGCUUAUUGUGUGGCACCAUGUUCAGUUCUGUUUUGAAAUCAAGAGUGCACAAAUCUCUCUCUUCCAGUUACAUUUACAUCGACCACAAGCUUUGUUGAUGAGCUGUGAAUCCUGUCAGCAUAGACGCAGAAAGAAGGCAUGCUAGGUGAGGUUUAUACAGAUCUGUUCAUUUUAAGUUAAAGUAAUGGGACACCAAAACUUAAAGAAAAAAAAUUAGGAUGCAUAAACAAUGGCAUGCUUAUUAAAAAAAAAAAGGAAAAAGAAACAUAAAAAAGCAGCUAAGUUAACGUUUAAAGAACUUUCUUUUGUGUGUGUGUCUGAACCCCUCACUGACAAUAACCAAUUAAGGGUCCUAAAAGUGUGCCUGUAGUCUUCUAGUAGACUUUCUCUUCUGUUCUGUUCGGUUUUUAUUUUUAACGUCUGUAUUUGACACAAUCGCAAUUUGUUUCAGCGUGUUGUAAUCGGAUGCUCUGUUCUGUUCUGUUCUGAAAGCAAGCCGUGCGCAAGGAUCUGUCGGGUGCAUUAAAAUGUGACUCUCCAACCUGCUGUCAGACUCUGUUUGUACACGAGUCGCUCACAGAAAUACGCUGAGGUGUUACCGUACGAAUAAAGCAGCAAACCCUCGCCAUUCAGGGACGGGAUGCGCUGUUUUGCAUCGUUUGAACGACACAGCCUUAUUUCUACAGUGAUAGAUUAAUUUUAUACUCCCAUUGACCUCAUAUCACUGCAAGGUAACUAAACAUAAGUGUGUGUUGCGAUCGUCACAUUUGAAUUGCUCAUCUAUCUGAACGUUUUGCACACUUCGUGAGGUGACGUACUGUGAAAAUCAUUUACGAGUGAGUUUGAGGUAGGGUGUUUUCAUUAGGAUCACUGAUUGUGUUAAUAAGAUUUGCUGUACGCUUGCCCUUGCUUAACCACAGUGCUUUACGACUCCACCUGCAACUGCGACGGCAUGCUGUUAUGUAGCUUUCAUUACAACACCAAGUAAUUAUAAGGUUAGAAGCACUGUUAUAAUCCUUAGGUACUCUUAACAAAGUUAAUCAUUGAAUUAAAUUCCAGCGAAUGGUCGGGGUUUGUUGUGCUGUUGUUCAUUUAUGCUUCGGUUGGCUAUGACCUUUUUAUUAAAGUCUUCGUUAGCAAAAAUCUAAUAGGCAGUUGUCGUGCAAAUGAAUAUAUGUAGUGGCAGUUUUCUUACGGUCUCUACAUUUUCAGAGCCACAAAUGAAAUCACCCUGUAAUGCAUCUUAAGAACUUUUUUUUCCUCCUCCCUGUUCAUGUUUUUCUUUCUUUCUUUUUUUUUUUUUUUUAAAGACGUAUAAUCAAAUUAAGUUGAAUUAUGUCACACCGGGUCUAUGUUCAGAAUAAUAAAACAAACGUUGUGGAACACA